AUGGACUUGAAAAUGGAUAAUGUAAUCGGUGGCAAGUUUAAGCUUGCUCGUAAGAUCGGCGGUGGCUCUUUUAGAGAGCUUUUUCUAGCUGGCAUCCCUAGCCUCAAGUGGCUUGGGGUUCAGGGAGACUACAAUGUGAUGGUGAUUGAUCUGCUUGGACCGAGUUUGGAGGAUUUGUUCAACUAUUGUAAUAGAAAACUCACUUUGAAGGCAGUUUUGAUGCUUGCGGAUUAA